AUGUGUGGAAUCAUCGCUUUGAUCCUGGCCAACCCCUCCUCUGCUGCGGCAGUGGACCUCCACGAAGCCCUGUACCUCCUCCAACAUCGUGGACAGGAUGCAGCUGGAAUUGCCACCUGCGCACAUGGUGGACGGAUUUACCAGCUGAAGGCCAAUGGGAUGGCUGCGAAGGUUUUCCAGGAUGGUGCUAAGGUUGCGAACCUGCCUGGCUCCAUGGGAAUUGGACACCUCCGCUACCCCACGGCUGGUAGCAGCGCCAACGCUGAAGCGCAGCCUUUUUACGUGAACAGCCCCUAUGGAAUCUGCUUUGCGCACAAUGGAAAUUUGAUCAAUGCCCCAGAACUCAAGAAGUACCUGGAUCUGGAGGCUCAUCGCCACAUCAACACCGAUAGUGACAGUGAGCUCAUGCUUAACAUCUUCGCUGAUGAGUUGAGUGAAACCAAGAAGGCCCGUGUGAACAAAGAAGAUCUGUUUGCUAGCUUGAGCCGCAUGUAUAAGAGAUGCGAAGGUGGAUGGGCCUGUACUGCUAUGCUUGCUGGCUUUGGCAUACUUGGCUUCCGUGACUCAUAUGGCAUUCGGCCAUUAGUCCUCGGAUCCCGACCCUCAUUGGAUGGUCAUGGCACUGACUACAUGAUGGCAUCUGAGUCUGUUGCUUUGGAUCAGCUUGGAUUCACCAACACUCGGGACAUCCAGCCCGGAGAAGCCGUCAUUAUUGAGAAGGGCGGGGAGCCUGUCUUCCGCCAGGUCGCCCCCAAGAAGGACUAUGCUCCUGAUAUCUUCGAGUAUGUCUACUUUGCUCGUCCAGACUCUGUUAUGGAUGGUAUCAGUGUGUACCGCAGUCGCCAGCGCAUGGGUGAUAAGCUCGGUGCUCGCAUUCUUAAGGUUCUGGGCCCCGAUGUUGUCAAGGAUAUCGAUGUGGUGAUCCCCAUCCCUGAAACUUCUACCGUGUCCGCAACCCUUGUCGCUCAAUACCUCAACAAGCCUUAUUGCCAUGGAUUUGUGAAGAACCGAUACGUGUUCCGAACGUUCAUUAUGCCAGAGCAAAAGACCCGUCAGAAGGGUGUUCGUCGUAAGCUCAAUGCUAUGAAGGCUGAGUUCAAGGACCGCAAUGUGCUUCUUGUGGAUGACAGUAUUGUUCGAGGCACCACUAGCCGUGAGAUAGUGUCCAUGGCCCGUGAGGCCGGUGCGAAGAAGGUCUACUUGGCCAGCUGUGCCCCUGAGAUCACUCAUGCACACAUUUACGGUAUUGACCUAGCCUCUCCACAAGAGCUCGUUGCCCACAACCGUGACGUCGAAAGCAUUGCCCGUCACAUCGGUGCUGAGAGCGUCGUCUUCCAGACUCUGGAGGAUCUCAAGGCCGCCUGCGCUGAGAUUGCUCACGAGAAUGGCCAACAAGAACCUAAGAACUUCGAGGUUGGCGUCUUCUGUGGCAGCUAUGUUACCCCCGUGUCACAGGACUACUUCGAUCACCUUGAACAGGUCCGUGGCGAGGGCCGAAAGAUCAAGGCGCUUGACAAGGCCAAGGAGGCAGUGGCCCAUGGCUUUGCAAGCGUGACCGACUACCAGAUUGCAGCCAACGGUGUCGCUAUGGAUACCAAUGGAAAGAUUAUCCCUGCCAAUGGAUCCCCUGAGGUGAACCCUCGGACUCCUCAGCAGAAUCAUGACGAGCACAAGGUCUCAGACCGCAUGGAUAUCAGUAUCCACAACUUGGGUGAUCAGCCUUGA